GGGGGUUGAGAAACAUUCCGAUGGCAUGUCUGAUAAGGGUGUCUCUAAUAACAUACACUCAAAGCGAGGAAGGAGAUACCCUAAAGCUUCGGUCGCAGACCUAAAAUGUAGAAUAAGGGCUAAAAGAAACCGAUCAUAUCUGGAAAAGGAGGAAAUGAGGAAGAGGAGGGAUAUAAGAGUAAAGACACUUCGCAAAUCUGACAGUGGCCAGGAUAUAACAAAAUUGAAGGUGCGUCCCGAAAAUGCUGGUCCUAAGACAAGAUCUAGAUCUUCUCGAGGUUCUGAGAAUGUUUCGUUUGCAAAACCGAGAUCGUCAUCUCGCGAACCUGUGCCACGCGAACGACCGUCUGGUAAGCAGUCUCAAACACCUCUGAAGCCAAAACGCCUUCAGAAGUCGAAGGAAACAUCCAAAUCGGCUACAGUUUUGCCCUCGAACACUCCUUCUGAUGCUCAAGGAGAUCACUCAUAUUCAGUUCAGAAAUCAAUGAAGGGCAGUGGUUCAACAAAGAGCAAGAGAGAUAUCCCUGGCCUAGCCGUAAAACCUCAAAGUAGGUCUUCAACCUCUGUUAGCAAACCUAGCUCUGUUUCCAGAGGACAAGUCUGCGUCCCAGUCACAUCCUCUUCUGCCAUAAACUCUCGAACGGUAACCCCUGACUCAGGACACGUGCCCAAUUAUCCCAGUGGAGAGAUCCCUCUUCCAGUCUCUUCUCAGCAUACGUCUCACCCAGAUCAGGUUCCUGGAAUAUUUCCUUUUCCCGACGUCAGCCCAGUCAAGGCAAGAUCAAGUCCAACCAAUACUACUCCGUCCCCAGCUAUCUCCACACCUAUCUCAAGUUCCGCUAUACCUUCAGCUCCACCCUUAACACAGCCUUCCAUAAGCAAUCUACCAAUAUCAGGAUUGGCCUCAUUGACCCGGCUACACUCUCCGCAACCCAGCACGACACAGACCCCAACUAGGAAGGUUGCUAUUCCGAUAUCAACCUUCCUGUCUCCUCGCCUUUCUAAAUUCAAUGGUGUGGUGGUGGGAGGGAAGAUUUCCGUAUCUCUUCACAGCAAAAAACCUGUCUCUGUAAAAACAGUGUCCUCGUUUUCACAGAUGGUAGUAGAUAAGAGUAGACCCGCUACAAUGAAGGUUCCGGUACACAAGAGAGUACCAGUUCCUUACUCUCAAUUUGUCAAGUGUAACACACUUUCAGACUUACAGAGCGUCCUCAAUAGCCCCAAGUUUCUGAACUCUCCAACUUCUUCGACAGCUCCCAAAAUAGAUCCUGUUGCUAGCCCUAUCUUCAUCACUCCGGGAGAUGCUACUUCUAGUAAUACUGUCCCAGUUCUUUCUGAAGCGGCUUAUAAGACUGGCCUUCGAUUGCAUCUUUCCCCCACUGCUGCUGCAGCUCCUUUCAGAUACUCUUCGGAACCAUCUGCAGCUUCCCUGCCUGAUUCCGUCCAUCCCACCACUACUUCAUCUCAAGCAGUUCCACCUGCCCUGUCACAUUAUCCACCUCUUCCUUGUACAUCAGAGAAGCUAAGCCGAGUAUCCGGCAGUAAAAGUCCGGAUUCGCUGCAGAAUAUCAAUAUUAAUGUCACUGACACUCCAGCAGACAUUGUAAGAGAAGAACUGGAUUCAACCACUCCUGACAAUAACCAGCUGACCGUUAAGGGGGAUGUUUCCUUACCUCAAUCAAAUAGUAAUGGCACGGUAGCUGAGACGACCGAAGAAGUGUCUCCCAUGGUGGAUUCUACAAACAACACCAUUACUCCACCUGAUGAUCCAGAUUAUACUCCGGAGUUGAACAACGCUUUGUUCUCUGACCAGAACGAGAGCGUCCGGAGAUCCCAACGGAUCAAGGUUUCUUCCAUACCAGUAGUAACUGAUAAACAUGCUUUACUAUCCAAGGAAAAUGGAAGUGGAGACGAACCCUGUGGUUCGCCUAACAGGACGAGUGAUCAGAGAAAUAUGCUUUUAUCUGGACAACUGUUUUUAAUACAAAUGAUCAACUUGUUGCAGAAGCAAAAAACCUGUUUAAAAGUUAUAAUUUGAUGGCUGGCCAUCACUAAGGAAUAGAAACUCCCUUGCAUAUAACUUAUCAACCAAACUCAAUAAACUUAUUGUUAGCAGAAAUCCUCAGAAUAAAACGCAAACUAAUGUGGACCAAAAUACCUCAUCUGAUUCUAACACUGUGGGUGUGAGUUCCCAGGAGUGUCCGGAGAAAAUUACAUUCUCUGACUUUCCCAGCGUAAGAACAAGAUCCAAAUAUAAUAUCAAGGAUAAUACUAAAAGCAACCAACCUACAGUUCAUAACCAAAGUAACUUGGACUUGAAAGUUUCUGAAUUUGAAAGUACACCUAAAUUAACCAGAACUCAAGUGAACGAAAUAAUGAAGGCCACUGGUACAGUUCCUAUCAGAGAGCAGAAUAUCGUCCCUCCCAACUCUAGUAUACCUUCUGUCGUCCCUGAAACCUCCGUGGUAUCUUCAUCUGAAAAAGCAAACGGUUUAAAUGUUGAAGAGAGAAUGACAAGGAGUGGUCGCAAGUGGACAGUUGCUCACCAACCAUUUGAGGCGGACAGAAAUACAACAUCUGACAGCAGCAUUAUGAAACAUAGUGGUUCUGAGAAGAAAUGCAUCGAAACAGAAACCUCUUCAGAAAGCAAUCCGAAGGGUAAAAACUCUCUAGGUCUCAAAACUGGAACCAUACCAGAUAAUAUAAAGCUCAUUAAAUCACCUUCAUUGCGGAGAAGGAAGCAGAUAGUUCCCCCCACAAAUAUCACCACCCUAACAUCUGAAGAAUCCCCAACCAGAAAAGCCAAGAGACCAUUGACUCUAACCAAGCGGUCCCCAGCUCUGCGGGACAUGACCCCUCUCCCAAACCCCUGGGACGAUACAGUGAAGGUCAAGUUGAGAGGGUCUACCGUGUUUAUCAGCCGGUGUGAGCUGGCCGGGGGUUACCCUGACAUUCUCAACAAGUUAUCUGUGGCGCUGCUCAUCAGACCAGACGACAUCAGGAGUGUAACCAACACAACAUCAAGUACUCAACUGAAACCUGGUCAGGAUACCUUCUCCAGAACCCUUCAACAUGAUGAUAGUCUGGAGGUUUUCCUGAGGAGACCAACAGAGGCCAGUGACCAGAGUGCAACAGCAGCUGAUGAGGACCUGAAACACCUUCAGAACGUGCUACUAAUGUUGGUGAGGUUCCCUGUAUCUGCUCCUGAGGAUAACAUCUCUUCUAAACGAGUCGUCUGGGUUGCCAACAUAUGUACCAGUACCCCAGGUUACACUAGUUACUUGCUUACUAACGGAACUAAGGGAUCUCUCCGUGACGAUCACGUGACCUACAUGAAAUGUGGUGACAGUGUCUCCUCUCUCAGCUACUUGGGUAGCAGUGAAGUGACACCAGCCUCCCCGGAGAUAGGGACAAUACUAGACCAGUUCAGCAAACUAUCAGACAUGGUUGCCAUAGCAACACAGGACCCUGAAAAUGAGAUCUAUCUCAAGUAUUGGUAUCGGGAUCACAUCUUCACUUGCUUCCUACUGAACGACUUCACUUUGCAGAUCGACUUCUCGCUCUCUCAAACCUCAGUGGUACUGAACGUGAAGAAGGAUUACUACUGCCAUCUGAGAAGUGACUCUGUCCUAGAUGAGGGGUCCCUCUCCUUCAAGGUGCUGAGCUCUGAACUAUCUGAUAAAUUGGCUUAUGUGGCUAACAUUGCUCUACCUACUAUCAUUGAGGACGUGACAUCUUGAAGCUGCUUUUUUUUAAUGAUCAGACUGUUUUUUAAAUAACUUAUUAACGCAUCAUUUGAAGGGUUGUCUUUUAAUUUAUUUUUAUCCAGACACUUUUAUCUUUUAUAACGGUGUGGCUAUUUUAUGUUAAAUCUUUUUAAUACAAUCUAACCUAAUGUUUUACAAUAGCAGUUCACUUUCAGUAUUGGUAAUUGUUCAUAGUUUAUAAUAUGUAUUUGUACGACUAAUGGAUCGUUCUCAUAUCAAGUCAGCUACUUUUUGGACAAUUCUGACACUCUGCUCUAACCCCUUCGAUCUCAUCAUCUGAAUUAGUUUAUGGUCAAUGGUGUGUGAACGAUGCGUGGUCCCUAAAAUAUGAAAUAGUGUUUAAUUUAAUUUUUAACAUUGUAUUUUUAAUAUUUGCACAAUUUUAGCAACAGACAUCAUUAUUACAUUAUCUUUAUUUUAAGUAUUUAUCAGUGAGACAAUGAUCGUCUCAUAUUAUUUUAUCAAAUAUUACAGUUCAUUUCUUUGU